AUGCUACUGGCUUAUAUGUCUGCCCAUGCAGAUAUCUGCCGUACCAUCAUAUCAAACACGCCGUUCCUUGAGACCGUUUCUUUUAGGAAGCUUAUGCAUGGGAUGCUCUCCGUAGCGCAAAAUGAUCCGUUAUUAUCCACCGCGCUGCGACCCGUCUUGAUCAGUAACCCAGAACAGGUGUCUAAAGUCGUGAUACGAUCCCUCAUCACAGAAAUUCAGCGGCAGCCCACUAACUUUGAAUACCUCCUACAUGCCAUAACCUCAUUUCCAGCAUUUUCUGAGGCCUCCGGCGACGUCCAUAACUACUUGUAUUCACAUGCGGCGCCGUGGUUAUGUCGCGCCAUUCGCUUCAUCGUAUCCCGACGUGAACCGUAUUCAUCAUUAGAUCUCGCCGUAGCCGUACGUUCUCUCGAACUUGGCUUCGAGGCGGUGUAUGGUUGCUGCUGGUCCUUCAUUUAUACCUCGGUCACAGCCUGCGAUCACCAACUCCUCGAAUCCGUUUUGAAGGUUGAUCGUUUCGUCCGUAUGAAUCAAAUCAAGCCCGGGGAUGCCAAGAUCUACGAUACAAUUGAAAAAUUGUUAACAUUGGCAACAGUCAACACUGUAUAUCGGACAUUCCUGCGCAGAGUGCGCUGGGCAAUCGGCCAUGCCGUCAAACUUGAACCUGACCUUGAUAUGGAUGGGCCGAUCGCUAAACAUUGGUUUCGUUUGAAAGACGUGGCUACGGAACGCGAGAUUGCCAAACAGAGAUAUGAUCUUGAGCAUGACAAAGGUCUUCGUCUGUGCAAUAACAAAGAGUGUCCCAAGACGUCGCGCGAACCUUCCCGACGGUGCAGUGGUUGUUGGGUUUGGUUUUAUUGCUCCGAACAAUGCCAGAAACUUGACUGGGUCGGAGAUCAUCGCAAAGCGUGUAAGGACAUACAAAAGAGCCGAAAGACCGAUGGUACGCAUAACACAUGUGCUAGGGAUCGCGACUUACAAGGAGAAUGGACCAAGCUUGAAGCUCGUCAGAACCUCCGUCGUUUGAUUACCAUGCGCAAGGCAGACAUCUUGAAGAAUCCCGCAGCAGAGAAUUACCCUACUGCCGUUGCGGUGAACUUUUGUCAUGAAGAUGGGGUAAGAAUUAGUAGUAUUUCCAAGGACGAGGCGCGCGAUAUUAUGGGCCAAGAAGAUUGGGAUAUGUAUACGAGGGAUGGCCACAAGGUUGUAAUUCUCAUGGAGGUGCCUUAUGGAAGGAUCUUUCCGCUGCGUACAGUAUACCCACUCGGUGCAUGUGUUCCACUCGGUGCAUCAUAG